UUUAAUAAGAUAGAUAUCUAAAAUACGUUGCACAUACCGCUCAACCAUAUGGCUCUGAGCUCAACUAACGCGAUCAUUAUGAAGGUGUUUGAACAACAAAACACAUCCACUUGCACAUAUUUGACAAUCGGAAUAUCAGAUAAAUCCUGCUAUAGCUAACUUUUUUUUUAUUUGUGAAAUUUUGUAUAAAAAAAGGAAAUAAAAGAAGAUCAUCAGUCAUUCAGCACUAUUUUGGCUGCAGUGUGACAAGCAAUGAAUGAAGCGUCUCCAAGGGAACCAUAAAGCGAUACUACGAUCAAUAAUGGUCGCCUUGAAAAACUUUUAAACUUACGUAUGAAACGGUUAAGCAAGGCUUACAUUUAAAUGUGUCUCUGUUUUGUUUCAAGUGUAUGGUAAAUAAAUAAAGGAAUUAAAAAGAUGGGCACAAAACAGGUUUGUCCUGUCUCACACUUUGAAAACGCUGAGCUAAUUUAACAGCUAAUUUAGCUAAAGGGGUACCUCCAUUUGGUCAGGAUUUUUUUUCUUUUUUUUUCUGGUGUUGACAAAGAAUGAAAAAUCGCUGUCUGGCUGCCUUUAGUCUCCUUUUCAUCUUUCCGUCUGCUUUCUCCAACCAUUAAUCCCAGCGACUGCCUGACUCAAAUGAUUCGCGAUCUCACUAUGAGCUCCCCCAGACAGCAGGUGACUCCGAGCCGGAUCCGUAUUUAAACCGGCAAAUCCGCGUUACAACCACCUCCGUUCCACUGCUCUAAUACGGAUCCAGCCCGUGUCCGGGUUUUAGUAGGCGGGAACAACCGUCGCAAAGCAGAUUCGGGCCGUAUCUGUGAUACGAGCGCGCGAUUUUUCUUUCUGCAGUUAGAAGAGGCCAGUCGGCACUCGAAAUCCUACACUUCAGACUUCACAAAGAUGUUUCUACUCAUCGAAUUUACAGAAACAAAAACUGUCAACAUUAUAUCCGAGUCGUGGUUUGAGGAUGGUGUCACUUGGUGGCCAAAUUAUAAAAGUGAUGAACGCAUAAAUAGAGCUAUCCAAAAAUGUGAAGAGCCAGGAGAAGACUGGAAAAAGUUUGAUGUCCGAGUCCUCUCAAGAACUGGUGAUUACCUUAAAGCAAGAGACAAACUGAGGGCCUCACUGACCUGUAAUACCUCUGAGUUACAAACAGAUGAUGAGGAAGAAGUCAUUAGGAAGAGAAAAAUUAAGCCAAGGCAAAUCUUUGGUGAUACAGAUUCUGACAGUGAGCCAGAGGGUGGUAUAAAGAGGAGAUACCACAAUCUCUCCACUUGUCUACCGCCACCUAUUCCUCCACCUACUCCUGACAUACCAUCAACUGAAACCUGCCAGACUUCCAUUAGACCUCUGCCAGAUCUGAGGCAGACUGAAUAUUCUUCUUUCACUGCAGCACCACCUGUCCACUUUAAUGCAGCUGGAAUGCCUUCCAGUCCGCUACGCCACUGCUCUGUUGGAUAUGUCCCCAAUCUGAUGCCUCUUGAAGAUGGAUAUUAUACAGUGCCUCCAGUUGCUACACCUACCUCUGACAGGCCAUCAAGCUCUAUGGGCCACAUCUCUGCCAUGCCUCAAAUGUCAAAGGAGCAUUCCUUCAGGCCCACGUUUAGACUGGGGAAGAUGGGCACUGGACCUAUUCCUUGCUCUGCUGCACAGCUGCACAUUCUAACAUUGUUAGAAAAUGUUAAGGAACAGCAAACACAGCUUGCCUUUGCUGUCAGUAAUCUUGCUGCACGACUGGGGACAGAAAAUCCUGUGGCUGAAAUGCCUCACAAUAUCAGUGUUCCACUGGCCACUAUGCCUGAAGUUGAGGAGCUGGAGGAGUGGCUUAAAGAUUCAAGAAACGCACGGGCUAAACAAAACAUGAUAUCUGCUCUGGGUGCUGUUGGAGGACAAAACACCAAAAGAAUCACCUGGAACAUACUUCAUAGGCUUUUCUCAGAUUCAGUAGCUAAAAAAAUUAACUGGAAAGGAGUCAAUGGGAAGAAGUGUUUCAAAGAAAUGCACACAAGAAGUUUGUUGAUCAGAGCUGUAAGGAGUAACCCGUCCUCUACCGGAGCAGCAGAUACUGACAUCGAUUCUUACGCUAUCCGUUGGUUCAAUCUUGCCUCUGACCGUGGCGGCGGCCGGAAAGAACGUGAAAGAGCCAAAGAGGCAUUAACUGAGAUAUCUCAUGGGAAUUAAAUCGCACAUGUGAAUGGGUUUGUUGUUCCAUUGCUUUGCUACCCGUUCUGUUUGGUUCAUGAUGGGUCUGCGGUUCAUAAUAUGAACAUUUUUUUGAUGCAGCUUUUUGCUGCCUCUUUCUACUCAAGAAAGAAGACCAACAUAUCUUUUUGUCACUUGUUUCCCUGACUUCUAUUAUUACCAUUCUCAGUUUAUUUUUAUAAUUUCUGUCAUCUUUCUAUGUCAUGUUUAUUUGUACUUCAUUAUA